UUGACCUUGAAAACUUCCGGAUGAAUAUUGAUUCCGGAGAAUGAAUGCGCUAAAAGACAGUGAUAAAUCCACCAGAAAAAGAAAACAAAGUCACAAGACAAAAAACAUCAAAUCUGAGAAGAAGGAUCACUCAAAAUAUGGAACAGAUGCAAUUCCAUCUGCUGAAGCAUGGGGACGCAUGUUCAAGCGGAUGGUGAUGAUGAUGGGAGCAGCCGAGGGUGUGCUGGAUCCCCGGGAACAUCCGAGGGGGCAGACGCUGGCAGAUGUCGACAGAGGCAUCCAGCUCGGAGAUAACAAAUGCUUGAUGUAUGAAAAACUAUUUGGCCUAGAUGUUAAAGACUCGAAGGGUGACUUGGCAACUAAUAGGACUGACACAAGAUGAUGCAUCAGCAGCAUAGACCAUAAUCUGGUGAUGUGACAGGGGGAUGCCGAGAGCUAUGUGUGACACCAUCAAAUGACAAAGAAACUGAUACCUAGUUUGACAUCCUUGGAUUAAAAGAAACUUCAUUAAUUAUGUACAUUGUGUGUAAUAUGUCGCUAUUUCUUCUAUAAUUGCAUUCAUUGUGGCCUUAAUCGUUGUUCAGUAUUUAUUCAGUGAACUGUUAUCUAGGUUUCUAGUUGUAGUCCAUUCUGUGUAUUAUUCGCAACAAAGUAUUAAAGUCAA